AAGUGUAGAGCAGUGGGGUCCGCGGAAUGAGGAGCACGUAAACAAUAGAUUCUCGGGCCUCGGUAGAUUAGCCAACGAAUCCAGUGGCCAGCGGCAGGAUGAUCAGGCCCUUCGUCACGCUGCUCUACUUCCUGCUGACCAGCUCGUCCAUCGUCUUCACGGCCUGCGUGAACAAUGUCACGGGCACCAGUUCACCCGGGCCGGGACCCAGUACCUCGCUGACCAGCGGACACAUCCACCGGACGGCGGCGGCCAUCGAGAGGGUCAAUCUGCUGUGGUGCUACGCCUGCCACACGAUGGACGACGGGGAGGCCUGCGUGGAUGUGGCGGUGAGGAACGACACGGCUCUGAUGAAGAAGUGCCACGGCGAGGAGUUCAUCUGCAUGGUUAAGCGCUUCUCAUACACCACCAGCACGGAGAACUCCACCAGCUCGCCCAAGAUGUGGUCCCUGGAUCGGCGGUGUGCCGCCAACUGCGAGCCCGGCUGCAUCAUCAUUGGCGAGCGGACCAAGCUCUACGCCUGCACCUCCUGCUGCGAGGAGUCCUUUUGCAACACGGGCCGAGGAGCUGCCUCCGGCAUCUUCCAUCGCGAGGACACGGGCAUUGGCACACGGCUCUUUUGGCUGGCCGCUCCCUUCUUGGUCAACAUGUCGCUGGUGCUGUACAAACGCCACGCCGGCCACGUUCUCCUCAAGCUGCAAUAGUCCUUCGGGGUCAACUCACUGAAUUUAUGGGCGCGCAAUCCACUCGAAGAUGCUGCUCCACACUCCACAACUCAACUCCACUCAAUGCCAAAUCCUAGCUAAUUUUAGAUCUACGUAUGUCUUCUGUAUUGUAGAUAGGCCACCAUGUUGCCGUGUGAUAAUAAAAGCUGGCCUCGUCACUACAGCGAGCUCA